AAUGUAGUAAUUCGAACUCAAGAGGAGGCGCAAAUUCAAAAACUGGUGGCUGCUGAAUACUGAAGGCCUAGCUCUUUGUUGUAAAUAUAUACAUCUUUUUAACUUCCCUGUCGCGUUCUGCUUCUCACCUCACCCCGUGUGCUUGAUUUCUGAUACUGUUUGUGUUGUUCUACUAUAGAACAUGGCGAGCCUGCCCAACUCGCGUAAACAAAAGCGCGAAAUGAAGAACUCUGAAUCUCCUGCUAAUGCCAGCGCCUGCGACUCGGAAAAUGGUAACAGAGCGCCACCAGUAAUGCCCUCAACCUCACCGACAACGUCGACGUCCACGCCUGCGCCAGAUAUGAUUCAAGCAAUGGUCGCAGCGUUUAGAAUAGCAUUGAUGACGUCGAAUACACUUUCAUCGCCCUCCAACAAUACACCCCAAGUUAAAUUCCCAGCACCAGAAAAGUUCGUCCCAGGGGAAUCAUUCACAUUGUGGGAGGAGCAAUGCCGUCGAUAUAUACAACAAUUUGAGGAAAAACAAAGAGCUAGUGCUGUUAUCUGUUUACUGUCAAUACCCGCGUUGAAACGCCUCAAGCUAGCUGGCGUUGACACAGAAAAGACGAUUGAAGUAGAGGAGCUAUUUGCAGCGAUGCGUCGAGCAUUUGCGCCGCAUACCCAUGUUCUUGGGCAGCGGGCCGCUUUUCACGCAUGUGUCCAGCAGAGCGGCGAAAGUACAGAGGAAUUCCUCUGGCGACUUCAAGAGUUAGCCCCAGUCGCUUUUGAAGGAGACUCCGCAACCGAAAUCAGCUCCCGCAUUCUCCACCAAUUCGAAGAAGGGCUGCUGCACGACGAAGUACGCGAAAGGGUCAUUGAAAGCAAUCCUACAUCGCCCGUGGAGGCUCUACAGGUUGCCAAACAGAAGGAAGCUCUCAUUAAGCUUCGUAAGAAUCGGCGACCAACAGACGGACCCUAUACUCAAUCGCAAUAUCAAGAAUCGAGGACGCCUCGUGAGCAUCGUACAAAACCACAUCUUGAGUGGAGGUCCCGAUCUUCCCCGAAAGCAAGACAAAUUCCACACCAACCACGUCCAAGAGCGGCCUGGAUAAACUCUCGCCUCCCAGAAGAGAUUGGUGAGUCUCCCUCUUUUUUAUCUAAUGUCAUGCUAUUAUCAGAUGAGCUAUAUGUAGAUAAGCAACUGCCCACUGUUCUAGUUAAGUUUUAUGACAGAACUCUCGUUGGGUUGGUAGACACAGGUGCAGCUCGCACAUUGUUGUCCAGCAAAUAUUGUAAUGCUAUGGCCAAAACUGCCACACCCCACCUUAACAUCCAAACGGCAAAUGGGUCUCGUAUGAAAGUAGCUGGCGAGCUGUUAGUCUUAUGGGAAGGUAAACAUGGUCGUAUGUGGCAUCCGUGUUUGGUAGUUAACGGAUUGUCGUGGGAUUUAAUAAUAGGUUAUGACCUUCUACGCGGUUGCAACGCGUCAAUUGAUAUUCAAUCCCAAAAGCUCACCCUUCUAGGCUCUACAUUAAUAUUUGGAGCAGAUAUUAAUAAUACCUGUGUACAGCUGAGUGUGAAUGCAAUUGAUACCGCCCUGAUGGAAAGUAUGCUAACACAGGUCCCGCGAGAGCACAAAGAGGCGGUACAUCGGCUAAUGUCCGAGUUUUCGGAGGUCAUAUCUUGGUCCUCGACUGACCUGGGGAGAACCACAGCUAUCCAACAUACGAUUGAGACCGGUAGUUGUGCUCCAAUACGGCAAACACCUCGCCGAGUCCCAGCUAAGUUUCGUCCGCAACUGGAAAGCAUGAUUGAUGAAAUGUUACAAAAAAAAAUAAUUGCGCCGUCGAACUCACCGUGGGCCUCGCCUAUAGUGUUAGUUAAGAAGAAAAACGGCACCCUGCGCUUGUGUGUUGAUUACAGAAAAUUAAACGCAGUGACCCGGAGAGAUGCUUACCCAUUGCCUAGAAUAGAUGAGACGUUAGAAGCAUUAUCAGGUGCCGUCUGGUUUUCCACCCUUGAUUUAGCUUCUGGAUAUUGGCAAGUGGAAGUCCACCCUCGUGAUCGGCACAAAACCGCUUUUACUAUACCCACCGGGUUAUAUGAAUUCCAGACCAUGCCGUUCGGGUUAAGUAAUGCACCAGCCACGUUUCAACGACUGAUGCACACAGUACUCAAAGGAUUAGUCCCACAGGUGUGCCUCGUAUAUUUAGAUGAUAUUAUCGUUUUCAGUCACACCAUCGAAGAACACCUUGAGCGAUUGCGGAUUGUCUUAGAACGUUUGAAGGAGGUGGGACUCAAAGUUCAACCCACUAAAUGCCGUUUAUUCCGAACCGAAGUCACUUUCUUGGGGCAUGUUGUCAGUGCACAGGGCGUUCAUAGCGAUCCUGAAAAAGUUGCAGCAGUCAAAGAGUGGCCCGUACCUAAAUCCGUGAAUGAGUUACACAGUUUUCUAGGGUUGGCCUCUUAUUACCGCCGGUUCGUGAGAAAUUACUCAGAGAUCGCUAGCCCCCUAACGAGUUUGACUAAGAAAAAUAUUCCCUUCGUAUGGACAGAGGAUUGUGAUCGUGCUUUCCAACAGUUGAAAGAUUCAUUAUGCUCGGCGCCCAUUUUAGCAUUCCCAGAUACAUCACCAACGGCUGGUAAAUACAUCUUGGACACGGACGCUAGUCACACAUCCAUCGGAGCCGUGUUAUCUCAGGUCGGUGGGGACGGCAAAGAACAUGUUAUCGAAUAUGGCAGCCGCACGCUGAGCCGUGCAGAGAAGAACUACUGCAUCACCCGUAAAGAGAUGUUGGCCGCUGUUACCUUCGUUCGUAAGUACCGACCCUAUCUACUUGGUAAACCGUUUGUUUUGCGAACGGAUCACAAAGCUCUUCAGUGGUUGCAAAAUUUCAAAGACCCUGAAGGACAGACAGCAAGAUGGCAGGAGUACCUUCAAGAGUAUGACUUCGAAUGUGUACACCGUCCUGGCAAGCAACAUGCCAAUGCCGACGCGCUAUCCAGGCGCUCUUCCAGACCGCACGGAGACUGCCCGUCUUGCGAGAGUAUUGAUAUUUGUGCUAUUUCGCUGGCAGGUCUAAGCAGAGAACAGUGGGCACACAUCCAAGCUACUGACGACGAGACUGCACUCCUUUAUCGUGCCCUGUCGAAUCAGACUGGUAGGCCAGUUGAAGCCGAUGUGAAAGGGAAGAGCUGGGAAACCAGAUGUUUGUGGGCCUUAUGGGAUCAGUUAGUACUAGCGAAUGGUAUCCUGUGUGUUCAACCCGGCCCCAACUACUUGAGAAGAGUCGUAGUCCCUCAGUCGUUUGUAACAGCAAUUCUGGAGACUAUACAUUAUGAUUUGGGACACGCUGGAAUUAAUAAAAUGUUGCAAGCAGUUACCCAACGCUACUGGUGGCCUCGCCAACGGCGCGACGUCCGGGACUUUGUCCAAGGGUGUGCAACAUGUGGUAAAGUAAAGAAUCCACAGAGGAAACCCCGGGCGCCACUUACUAAUAUGAAGGCUGGAUAUCCUAACGAAAUAAUUGGCGUCGACAUCAUCGGACCUUUACGUGAAACCACACGUGGAAAUAAGUAUAUCUUGGUUAUGGUUGAUUAUUUUACGAAAUGGUGUGAAGCUGUACCACUUCAGCGAAUUGAUGCCCCUACCGUAGCCAAAGCUAUAUUUGACUGUUGGAUUGCCCGUUGGGGCGCACCAGAGCAAUUGCACUCUGACCAAGGAACCAACUUCGAAAGUAUCGUGGUUAGAGAAUUGUGCCAUCUAUUUGGAAUUAAAAAGUCAAGAACCACCGCGUACCACCCCGAAGGCAAUGGGUUAGUAGAGCGUACCAAUCGAACCCUAAAAUCAUUACUACGCCUAUUCUUAGAGAGGGAGGCUGAAUCAGCCUGGGACAUCAUGUUACCAAGAUGCUUGUUGGCCUACCGAGGAAGCACGCACAUGUCGACGGGAAAGACACCACACCUGUUAUGGACUGGCCGCGAGUUACGCCUGCCUAGUGAUACAUUGGUUAUGCCCCGGUGGGAUGAUCCGCUAACUACAUCGGAAAUGGUAAUAAGGUUACGAGGAGACGUCGCCAGGUAUCAUAGCUAUGCACGCGAAGAACUCCAGAGAGCACAAGAACGCCAGAAACGUUACUACGAUAGAAAGCAGUGGGGAACACCAUUCAAAAUAGGUGAUAAGGUGUGGCUACGUCAACCAGCGACUGACAACUGGAGUCGACGCAAAGCUCAAGCACAAUGGGCAGGCCCAUACCUGGUGUACCGUAGAGUAACUGACAAUACCUACGAAAUCCAAGAAGACAACAACAACCCUCAGAAAAUGAUAGUGCACUUCAACCGUCUGAAACCGUGUAGACCAAGCAGACAGGCACCUAGGAGAACACCGCCUUAUCUCGAUAACCAUAAUAACCAUGUGUCUUCUUCUCUUGUAGGGACGAUUUCGAGGCGGGGAGACCGAACCACUGAAGUCGCUGGGGACAGCUUUUUGGAACCGAGGGGGUCGUGUAGUAAUUCGAACUCAAGAGGAGGCGCAAAUUCAAAAACUGGUGGCUGCUGAAUACUGAAGGCCUAGCUCUUUGUUGUAAAUAUAUACAUCUUUUUAACUUC